GAACCCUUCGGACCCAGGCAGAUCUCCCCAUCUCCGGGACGGGACCCGGCGCGCACGCGACCCGACGCGACGACGCAAGCAGCAGUGGUGGGUAAGGGUGGACUCGACUCCGGCCGUCGCGAUGGCGGCCGCCGGCUGGCCGCUCUCCUCCUCCGUCGCCGACCUCCUCCCCGCCUCCCUCUCGCUCACCCUCCUCCUCGCCUCCCUCGUGGUCGUCGUGGUGCUGGCCGCCGCCGCCUUCUUCUUCGAGCACAUCCGCAAGAUCGGAUGCACGCACUCGCUGGAGAGGACUGAAGUCUCGGCCGCUUUCUUCGAGGACCCCAACUCGCUCAACAAGGUUCGUUGCCCUUCAAUUUACGACCCUGCUGAGAAGUACAUUUCGUUGAUCAUCCCCGCUUAUAACGAGGAGCACCGGCUUCCUGAGGCUCUCACAGAAACACUCAACUACCUGAAACAACGUUCAGCUGUCGAGAAGUCAUUUACUUACGAGGUCUUGAUCGUUGAUGAUGGAAGUACUGAUCAUACAUCAAAAGUUGCCUUCGAGUUUGUAAGGAAACAUAAAAUUGAUAAUGUUAGAGUUCUUCUACUUGGGAGAAACCAUGGUAAAGGCGAAGCAGUCAGAAAAGGCAUGCUCCAUUCACGUGGUGAACUGUUACUCAUGCUUGAUGCUGAUGGGGCAACUAAGGUUACUGAUUUGGAAAAGCUUGAAGCCCAGGUUCGCGCAUUGGCUAAAAAGGCUGAGUCCAGCCUAGCACCAUCUAGCAGUCCAUCUCAGAGACUAUCUGAUGCUGAAAUUGCUGUUUUUGGUUCACGUGCUCAUCUGGAGAAGCAGGCUCUUGCCACAAGGAAAUGGUAUCGGAAUUUUCUUAUGAAAGGUUUCCACCUGGUAGUUUUAUUGACAGCUGGUCCUGGGAUCAGAGACACACAGUGUGGUUUCAAGAUGUUUACUCGAGCUGCUGCAAGGAAACUUUUUACAAAUAUCAGAUUGAAGAGGUGGUGUUUUGAUGUUGAGCUUGUAUACCUAUGCAAGCAUCUCAGGAUCCCAAUGGCUGAAGUAUCUGUAAACUGGACUGAAAUACCUGGAUCCAAAGUGCGUAUGACAAGCAUCCUGCAUAUGGUAUUUGAGCUCCUGCUGAUCAAAGUAGGUUAUGGACUGAGCAUAUGGAAAAUCUAUUCAUAGACCAUAUGCACGGUACGCUGACAAUCACCAUAGCUUAUCAUCACUGGACUGUAUACCAAGCUUAGUCUCACAUGUAAAAUUUUUCCAAGAUUUUCACCUAGAGAGAAUCCAUUUGUGGCGCUGAGUAUUCCAUCAUAGAUUUCAACAAAGAUAUAGAUCACGUGUAUUGUUCCUGCUGAUGAAAUUCUUUAAUCAUUUUUUUAGCAUUUUACGAAGUUGGGAAGAAUCGAAAAUUUGACUACCCUU